ACAGACGCCGACAGCUUGCUUGCUUUGCUGGUGGUGGUUCUAGACGGCCCGCGGGCUUACCCUGCCUGAUCAAAAAUCCCCAAACCACACCAAUCUGCAGCCCUUCUGCAGCAUCGGCCAUCUGUCUCUUUUCUGGUCGCAUUGCAUCUGCCCGUCCGUCGCAUCAUUGGCAGAAACAGCUCCUUGACGAGGCCCGGGCUGACCCCGCUUCCUAGUCUUACUUUUUGUCGAUCCCUCUUGUCACUCAUCUCACGACUAGACUCUUGCUCGACUCUUGUCACUUUUUUUUUUACUUGACGCUAAGGGUUGGAUCCAUUGCUCCAGCUACCUCCCAACAAGACAUAUCCUGCAACUCAUUCGCCCACGUGCGACAACGCAGCAGAGCGACAACACUUUAAUCACACGAGAAGUCACGCAAUUCCAUCUCCCAGCGAUAAUCUCGUUUUUUUUUCGACAUUUCCAUAAUCAAACCACCUACCCAUAAUCCAAGCGAUCCAAAAACAACCUCCAGGCGUGAUCUAUAGCGCCUUGCCUCCAUUCUGUAACCGAGCCUGCUCUGUCUAAACUCGUCGGACGCAGGCUCAGAAAGUCAACAUGUCAGAAAGAGAACGCCGUUAUAGAUAUGCCAUCCCACGGCCUCGGUCGCCUACAUUCAACCCGGCCAGGGCCACGACCGAUAGCUUUCCCUCCUUUUACAAUGGUGGUGACCUACCUCCGAUGUCUACUACCUCUCUUUUCGACAUGAUGACGCCACGGGGACAGACUGCCGACUAUCGCCCUCAAGCUAUCCCUUCCUCGACGACUCACCAUACCACUUAUGUUGUUUCCGACUCUGCUGCUGCUAGAAGAGAAGGGUUGAGGCCUAGGAGCUCAAGCCAUAGAGAGCACGGCCGGAGCCAUCGAUCGCACUCCGAUGCCGCCAGCCGGCCAAUCAUUGUCACCACCACCACCAAAAGACCAGAGGCGCCAAGCUCGCAUACAUCGUCCACCGCCAGACCCGGAAGCCCGACCCGCGACGCUUACAGAUCGAGUGAUGACGGUGGCUCAUACUAUUCCCAGCCCGCCUCGUCUCUGCGACCACGGAGCCGUCAGUCGUACGGCGGUCAUCACCACCCACCAUACAGCGCUGGUCUUGACAAUGAGGAAUAUCGCCGUCAGAGGGACCGCCAGACGGGCGAGGACCGUUAUGGACACUCUCGCCACGACUCGCAUCGGACCCCCCGGCCAAUGUCUGUCUACGCCAGCAUGCCUCCCUGUAAGACUUCUGCGCCCAUUGAUUACGACAAUGGGGAUGUAGAGUACACGAACCCUGGACAACUGGCAAGAUACGACCUGGAGCACAGCCGUCCGGAGCCGCGCCGCCGCGAGAGCCUCGACAGGUACCACCGCCCUAGCAGUAGCAUCUCUUCGGAUAUCGGUGGCAGAUCUUUCCAAGAGUCUUCGCGCCGUGGGCCUCCACCUACCACGUGGGGUCUUGACAAGAUCAGCCAGAGUGUAUCUUCGGGGCUUUACGAUCAACCUCGCGUGCCUAUAUCUCCACUCACGUCUGGCGUUCCCCGCGAAUUGCAGUCCCGCCGGCUCAGUGGUAACCUUGAUGUCCCAAACAGCCCAUUGAGACUCCGUAGCAACUCGCGAACCCGACCAGUCUCGCUAUACCAAGAAGAAGAGCGCAGACCAUCGCCACCUGAUCAGCACCCCAACCAUCACCACCACCGUGGGCGGGGCCGAGAAGACGAGCAGCACGUUCGCCGAGAGUCGAGAGACCGUGACCAUGGAAGAGAUGCUUACACAACCCCGCAGAGCGCCAUCGAGCAACGCGGCUUUGGUGUGGUUGUGGACGGGAAGCCUGUAGAGCUUCAUCGCCGGGAGGAGUCUCGGGAUCGGCACCGUGAACGCGACAGGGAUCGGUACCGAGACGAUGAUGUCGAUCGAUUGUCCGAUGAGCGUCGUCGGGAACGCCGGGAACGAAGAAACCAGUAUCAUGGUGAACCAAAGCGUCCUUCUGAUGACAGUUUAGAUCGGGUCAUUAUUCGCGAGACCGAACGCAGGCCUGAGAAAGACGAUCACAAAAACCGCAAAGACAGCCCGCGCCGCGAGGAUGAUAUCAAGGACGGGAGGAGCAAGGACGACAGGAGCAGUAAGGAUGAGAAGCAAGUCAAGGAAAAGAAGAGCGAUGGCUCAGUUGAUGCCUCGUCACAAGAGCCUAAGAGGCUUCGUGAUACGGUAGCUGCGGGGCUCAGCCUUGCCGCCGCCUCUAUCGGUAUUAGCUCUGUACUCAAGGACAAGGAAAAGGACAGCGAGAGCAGCAAAGCCGACAAGGUAGUGACGGUCGAGAAGGUUGGAGGUGAUGACCGAGGAUCCUCUCGACGUCGCGAAUCGGUCUCUGCCGGUACGCCGCCGAGGCCGCUGGAUGUAGCGGAACCUCGGGUGGCGGUACGUGAAAAGCCUGCGCCAGUUGUUGUGGAGUCAAAACCGAAGCCAGUUACGGUUCAUGAUGAAUGGGAGAUGGUGGAUCGCCCAUCCGAGCACAGGAGGAAGCCAAGCCCAGAAUCCAUGCCUGUGCCACACACGCAUGAACGCAGCCAACCAGAGUCCAAUGGACGACUUCGUGAUGAUUCGGCAGAUCGCAUAGUGCUUGUUGAGCGCCCUGGGGAGACAGCUCGUGCAUCUAAAUCAUCGCACGAGCCAGCGGCUGAUAAGGACAUUGAGAAGAAACCAGCCGCACUGCCUUCGAGCUCAACAGCUGAAGAUCAAAACCCAUUGCGUCGUUUCUCCCGCCGUGCCCGUGGAGAGGCGGGCGGUGCAGCAUUCAGGCCGACCGAUACUGCCGAUCUAGUGGCCUUGAAGGCUCAACUGGCAGCUCAAGAUACGUCUACCAGAGAGACGGAGAAAGUGGCAGCGAACCCGCCAGCAGAGGUGAACCCUCAACCUGCGCAGUCGACCGCACCACCACCUCCUCCUCCUCCCAAGGACACGCCUUUACACCGGGAGCCCUCACUAGAGCGACGACGUGCAUCAGCUAGAGAUACUUCGCAGGAGCGUCGACGACCUCGGGAGAAUUCUCCUGCAAGGCGUUCAUCCCCACCAUCGCAAAGAGACGAUGAUGUCGAAUUCAUGGAUCAGAGCGGCUCGGUUGUCCAACAACGGGACAAAAAUGCCGGCGGAAGCUUCGACAGCACGAGCAGUCGAGGCCGCGAGCUGGUCGGACCCAAUGAUGAAAAGUCGGUCAGAGUAGUGUCGCCACCGCGCGAAAAGGACGACAAGAAGCCCCUCAAGGGUAUCCUCAAGCCAAGCUCAAAGUUCCCCGAACCCGAAAACUUUGUUCGUGAGGGAGUAGCCCCGCAUAAAGAUGAUAAGACCAAGAAAGACGUGCCCGCAGGUGCUCGGUGGACAAAGAUCGCACGCAAGCUCGUCAACCCUGAGGCGUUGACUAUUGGAAAGGAGCGCUUUGAAGUGCGCGACGACUCAGUAAUUGUUUUGCGAGUUUUGAGCCGGGAGGAGAUUGAGGCUUAUACGGUUGCCACUGCUCAACUGAGAGAAAUGAGACUUAGGGAAUAUGAAAAGGCGAGAGACCGGGAGCGACGUCGGGAUGAUGACAGAGACAGGGAGCGGGAUCGCGACCGAGACCGAGACCGAGAUAGAGAAGGUGACGAUGAGAGACGGCGUACUAAGCGCAGGGAGAAAGAUGAAGACAGCGAUGACCGAGAGCCGGAUCGUAAGGAUCGGGGUCGGGACCGGGACGACGACAGAGAGCGAGAAAGGGAUCGUGACAGACGCGAAAGAGAUAAGGAUCGGGAUCGGGAGCGGGACCGCGAUCGGGACCGGAAUCGCGAUCGAGACCGGGAUGAAGAAAGGCGCCGACCAAGCCGUCGCCACUCGGACGACGACCUCGACAAUGACGAUCGUUCAGGUCACCGGUCGCGGAGGGAGCGUCCUGCGAAUGACGACUAAUCCUUGGAUUUUUAGCCACUUUACGAUUGGAUAUGUUUUUAUGAUGAUGCCACAUACCCCAGUUUUUUUUUUUUACAUUUUGAAUCAUUAUUUAUAAAGCAGGCGGGCGAGCAUUCAUCUUAUUGUAGAUUUAUUUGAGAAUCCUGACGGGUCUACACUACUGGAAGUAUGUUAUAUGCUGGACAUGAGACGGUCGUCUAUUUCUUCGAGUCUUUAACAACACUCAUGUGACCGUUGCGUGAUGUGCUCCUAAGUUUGUCGGACUAAACACUCCUGUGGUUGUCAUUGGCCAUGGACAUUUCACACGAGCUACUAAGGCCAUGUCCGAAAAUAGUCCGGUCGGCUUACUUACUGGAUAGUCUCAUGUUGAUAUAUGUC